AAAACAACCGACGACGAUGACGGGCUUCGCCGCCCUCCCCGUCUCCGAGGAGGAUACCUCAGACACCUCCCAAUGGGCCGGCGUCGCUAAAAUACUCGGUCCACGCUGGGCACAGCUCCCUGCCCUCACCGUCGGACUCCUCGGUGUCCAGGUGAUGUGGUCCGUAGAGAUGUCUUACGCAACCCCGUAUCUCAUCUCCCUUGGCAUGUCCAAGUCCCUCACCGCCAUCGUCUUCCUUGCCGGCCCCAUAUCGGGGCUCGUCGUACAGCCCCUCAUCGGUGUGCUCGCAGACAACUCAAAGUCCCGUUUCGGCCGGCGGCGCCCCUACAUGCUCGCUGGCGUCGCGGUCUGCGCGUCCGCCCUCGUUCUCCUGGGGUUCACGCGUCAGUUCGCCGGCGUGUUCACCAGCCUGGGGUCUUCUGCCAACGAUUCGUUGACCGUCUUUUUGGCGGUGUGGGCUAUUUAUUGCAUCGACUUUAGCAUCAACGCCGUUCAGGCGGUAGACCGCGCGCUUCUUGUGGAUACGGUGCCCCCCGCCGAGCAGGCCAGUGGUAACGCCUGGGCUGCACGCAUGCUUGGAAUCGGGGGCGUGGUUGGGUUCUUCCUCGGCAACGUGGACAUGCCGGCCUCGUUUCCUAUCUUUGGAAAAACUGAGCUACAAGUGCUUUCGGUCUUCUCAUCAUUCUUACUUAUUGCAACGCACCUACUCACGGCGUCUUCGGUCAAAGAACGCAUUCUACUCACGUCUGGUCAGCCCAAGAAGAGCUUCCGGAAGGAAAUUACAGAUCUCUGGAUCAAUGCUCGUACACUCCCCUACGUUAUUCGCCAAAUAUGCUUGAUACAAUUCUUCUCGUGGAUCGCCUGGUUCCCUAUCCUUUUCUACACGACGACGUAUAUCGGGGACUUGUAUCGGCGCUCCCUCCCUCCUUCUACUAUACUGGACGACAAGGUCGACGCAGAGGCGACGCGUCUCGGCGCGCGCGCUCAGCUGUUCUCGUCCCUCCUGGCGCUUGCCACAAAUUUCUUGGCCCCGCUCGUGGUCAGCGAGGCGAGGCGGAGAAAGCCCAGGUCGGGCUGGCUGGACGCGGGAGAGCAUGCGAAAAGAUGGUGGGAGGGUAAAAUUCAUCUGGCAACGCUCUGGGCCCUGUCGCAUAUCAUCUUUGCGUUUUGCAUGAUGGGCACAUUCCUCACGGACAGCGUCGCCGGCGCGACCGUGUUGAUGACAUUGACGGGCUUUCCUUGGGCAAUCGCUCAAUGGGCUCCGUUUUCACUGCUUGCGGAAGCCAUCUUGACCACCCCCACGUCUUCCACGGAUCCGGACAUCGACGACGCCCAGUCAAUCCUUCUCGCAGACACACGAACAGGGACAGCUCGCGCACGAGAGAACGGUGGGGAGCGCGAACAGUUUCUAGUGGGAUCCGACGAUGGCGAUGGACAUUCAGACGUGGAUCGGGAACGGACGCCAUCGAUAGAAGGCGAGGACCGGCCGUGGAGCGAGGCUGCCGCACGACCCCAGGAGUCAAUGAUGGGGAACUUUGGCGCGAGGCGCAGCUGGGUCGACGUCACUUCCAUCGAUGGGCCAGGUGAGAAUGGCGUAGCCGCCGGCGCUCGCGAGCCAGGUCUGAGUGCAAAAGCCGGCAUCAUCCUUGGCAUCCACAACGUCUUCGUCGUCGUGCCCCAGUUCCUCGUGACUGGCCUUUCCUCCCUCAUUUUUGCGCUCCUCGAGCCGGAAAAAUCCGUCCUCCAUGCGGGGCACCCCUCCCCGGUUGGUCCGAGCCCUGCGACGAAUGGAACUGGUGCGGAUGUGGGUGCCGUCGUGCGCGGCCUGUUGGAGCGGCAGGUCGCGGACGGCACUCGAGAAGGAGCACCUGCUCUGGACGGUCCGAACUCGGUCGCUAUCAUAUUUCGGUUGGGAGGCUUGUCUUCUGCGAUCGCGUUUGUCAUUUGUUGGCGGCUUGCGACAGAAAUGCGAAGACGUUAGAUGGGCUACUAAUUACAGGCCGCUGUCCCACAUCCACUGUCGUGAGAAGAGGAUUUUUUUAAUGUAUCGUUCUACUUCCCUGCAUGCCGAAGAUCGAGCAACCCGUGACCUAGCACCACUUGCAUUCAAUUGGAGACGAUGUCUAAAAUACUGUUCCGUCGCUCUGU